GGAAGUGAAUGGGAUUACGUCAUCAUAUCUUUGGUUCGCUCCAUGAAGGAGGAAGACAUCGAAAGAGAGCCUUCUCUCAGCUGGCUCCGUGAACAUUUGGGAUUCGUAACAGAUGACCAUCAGAUGAACGUGGGAAUAACACGAGCACGCAGAGGGCUUUGCAUCAUUGGUAAGUCAGUGUAGUUUAUAUCAUGGGUAAACAAAGAACAAUCAUUUGACAUGAGUAUACUGUCCCGAGUAUACACAAUGUGAAUCUGAUAGAAGUUAUCGUUACUACACAAACAGAUCGUCUGCGAAGAAUUUGGUAACAGAAAUCUGAACAACGUGUGAACAUACCCGUAAAAAAGUCAGCAUUUUCAUUAAGGGUUGGUCGGUUAUUGCACUAAACUUAUCAUUCACAUUCUGAAUCUUUGCAGUAAUGUUAAGUUAGUUAAGUUAUUGCGCGUGAGUUGGCACAACAAGUACAGAGCUGCUUUGCUGUUUAAAAUCCGCUUGAAUAAAUUGAUCAAUUAGGUGCCCAAUAAACGUAACGUAUGCAUGGCUAAGUCGCAGACACCAGUGACUUAAAAGUCCCUUAGAAAUUGAAGUCCUUUGCAAUUAAAAUAGACCAAACCAGAGUACCUGGAAGAUGAGGUUUUUUGACGAAAUUGAAGCGUUAGUAUUUAGUUAAUAUGAACGGAAAACUGAAUAACAAGGUGAUGAGUUCUAUUCCUGAGGUACCAGGUCCUUGAUUAAUUCUACAGUGUCAAAUGAACGUCAUCAAAAGUUAUUUGAAAGUUGCAAUUCAUGACGUGGAUGAUUUAUUUUCUUUUUAUCUAGGUAAUAAGAUUCUUCUGAGCAAGCACGCUAUGUGGCAGAGUUUGCUAGAAUUCUACGAGGAAAAUAACUGCGUGGUGAAUGAAAGUGACUGGCCUUGA